AUGGAGUCAUGCAAAAGUUUGUUGGGUAUGUCUAAGGGCGAAAUUGUGGAAUAUCGAAAGAGAAAGAAAAUUGAUCUGGCCGCAAAACCACAAUUGAAGGGUUUACUAAAUUCAGGUUCGGUUUUUGACGGGAACGAGGAAAACAAUGUUCAAAGCCCGGUUUUUAGUCGUAGUAACGUGACCGUUACUUUACGCCCGGCUGAAGCACAAAGCUCACAGGACACAGCGUAUGUUACCGCAUCUACGGAUUUGGCUGGACCGAAUUCAGUCGAGAUUAACUAUGGGACGCUGAACUUCAGUAAUGGGUAUGUCUUUUUGCUUUAUUUUGUUUCUUUAAGUUUAGAUUUAAUGAACCAAGUAAUGAAAGCUUCAUAUUUAAAAAAAAUCUUUAUUAACGCCUCAAAAAACGGCUAGCAAAAUGUAGAACUCUUUCUUCCUCAAUGCUAUUAUUACUUUAAAAGAAGUAAGUGACCGCUAGUUACUUUUCAGUGAAAACAUGGACUUUACCGAGUCCACCCGGCUAUCUCAACUGAAUAUUGGACAUAAUACAGACCUUAACGACUUUGAAUUGUUAGAGUGCACUGUUCACCUGGAACAACUCCUCAAAUGCUUCAACAAUCUGAGCCAAUACCAGAAACACAACUUUAUGCAGAAGGUUAAGGGCAACAUACUGAUGGACGACUUCUUUAUUCAGUAUUUCAAAUACAAAGGGACUUGA